GUGGCCUAGUGAAGAAAUUUUACACACAAAAGCUGUUCUUUGUGUUAAAAGAAAAAUCUCGAAUUUAAUUAUUAAGGGAACACUAAAGAAAGCAAGAAAAACUUCAUUAUGUAGAAAAGAAUACAUACUGCAAAAUAUUGUGUGAGUUGAGAAAUUAUAAAAAUCCAGAGAAGAGAAUGCGACAUUAAUGUUGGGUAGAGAAAGAUUAACAUUCUUAUGAAGAAAGAUUAUUACCGUGCACGUAAUCUUAUUUGUCACGAUUUUUUUGGGAGUAAUAUUUUUGUUUUUGAAAAUAAUUACAAAUUAACUGGUUCAAAAAAUUUGAAAGCCUUAAUUUGUAAAAAUUCUCCGCAAAUUUGAAUUCCGCACUCUUUUUUCGCGCGUUUAAUCUUCACGCACACAAUGCGCAUAAUUUUCUGUCUCCCCCCCCCCCCUGACAGGUAAUUAGAAAAAAAUUUUUACGCACACGUCAAUCUAUAACACAUCUUUCAAAAUUCAACUCCAUAUAAAUGUAAUGGCUGAUUGGCUUUUUCCUGAAUUGUUUCGUAUGGAAGAAAAGUAAUUGUCCAGUUUUAUCUUUUUAUCGCGAAUAUUCUGAAGAGUUUUUGCGCUGGUAUAUGCGCAAAAAAUUAGUAAUUUCACCAAUAGUUCGCAAGGUUGCCAAAAAUACUUCAUGAAUCAAGGUAGAUUUUGAAACAAUUCAAUCGUGAUGAAAUUUUUAGAGCUUGUUCGAAAUGGCUGCUUUCGACGAGACUGGAGUGCUUCGUGAUCCGUUGACACGAGUCAGCAAACAAAUCUUAAAAGCAGUACGCUCAAACGAAAACAUUGUGCAUGAGCACGAUAAAAAGAUGAAAAAACUAGAAAGAGAAAAACAAAAAGAACACAGAAGAUUUACGAACCAACAAUAUCAAAUUAAACACAAAGUAACGAGGUGUUUCGAAACAACAAUACAAAAUCGAUCACGAAGCAACGCUAUCUUUCGAAACAACAACAUCAAAUCAGAAACGACAAAACAAGUUACGAAACAGCUGAGAUCAAACACGAACUAACGACAACUAACGUAACCGAUAAAAUCGAUAAAACGCAACAUUAAACAGAGCAUCGCGUAAAAAACAAAUUGUACGCUUACACAUCAAAACAGUAUUUCGCAAUAUUGAAGCAGACGAAACAAAGAAAGAACGAAGAAAAAAGCAAAACCUUACAUCUAAAGUAAAUUUGGAAAGCCUGGACACAGUCAUGGUAAUAAGGCCUGAGGGCUAGUGAUGUUUAGAGAAGAUGGACACUUCAAAUUUCUAGAACGUUCUAUAUAAUCAUCUAACCAAACCAUUACAAAUGCGCAGUGGAAAUCGUAAUAAAGCGACUUGUAUAAACGAGGCAAUCGAUGUGUUGCUUAACCUUAAUAAGAGUUUGCACAAUACGUUUUGCUGAAUACGACUUGUUGGGCGAAAUGUGACGACACAUCAAACAGGCGUUCGAAUGAAUUAUUUGACGUUUUUUUAACAACUGUGGUGUAAAUCCUUAUAAAAACGACUGGAAUAAACGAGGCAACCGAUCAGAUAUUUUUCCGAAUUUCCGAUCAGAAUUUCAACUUUAAACUCACGUCAGUCCGACUUAUUCGACUGCAAAAAUAUAGCUGAGCAUUUCUGUUAUAUUUAAAGCCUUGUUUCACUGCAAAUAAUUACACUAAGAGUUUGACAAGACUAUUUUUGCCAGCUUUUAGUACAGUUCAAUCAACAACGAAAGUUUAACACUGUAAAAUCUUUUGGAUUUUGUAUGCAAAGCGCCAAUAAAAAGUGAACACAACAAGGAAACUCUUUUAAAUGAAGAUUGUAGCUUCAAAUCAUAUCCCUUAUGUUAACUUUACAACCAACAAUUUCGGCGAAGAAAGUUUAUCAAAAUAUUUUUCCGCUGGAAUUUUUUAGAUUUCAAAUUUUUUCUUACUUUUUAUCUGCAAUGUCUAAAUUUUGAUAUUCUAAAUCAAUUUUAUUUUGUCGAAAAUACAGGUCCGAAAC